GAACUUCUUGGACCACAGAUUGGGCUUUCAUACUUGAGAACAUUUCUGGCGUGUAGAGAAAGAGAUGCACGUCAUUAAAUAAAGCGCUUAUUCCUGUUAGGCUAUACUUAAUGUCGUGAUUCUCUUUCACACACAUAAAGAUACAGGCGAUCUAAAAGAGGAGGAUGUAUACAGCCGGGCUGAAUCCCCUUUACGCGUCAAAUUUUAGUCUCUGGUCCGCCUGUUGUUCUGGUGGUUUUGCAAUGGACACGGUAAAGAAGCCUUCAUUUUGCAUUGCUGACAUACUGCAUUUUGGAGACAAUGAAAACGUCGCUGGGUCUUCAGCACUCGUGACCCAUAUGGGAGCCAGGGCUCAAGUUCAUUCCACGGCAUCUCCGCUUCGUCCAUCUCCGUUAGCGCCGGACGCAUCCGUAUUCGGUGGGAGAGUGAACGCAGCGUCUGCCUACCACAGGCAUGGAAUACACUUGACCUCUGUGGCCAGAACAACAUUCUUUUCUCAAUCAGUACCUCCACUUUCUAGCAAAGAUCUCAAGUUCGGCAUUGAUCGGAUAUUGUCUACAGAAUUCGAACCAAAAUCAAAAGAAUCGUCAUCAAUAAGAGAUCACACGUCUGUUGUUAGUUCGAAUCGCCAUUCAGUCUCCGUGCAGCCGAGCGCAAGUCAGUACUUCGCCUCCAUAGAGCCGGGGAUGAGCGACGCAUCCUCCAUUAUAAGUUCCUCCAGACAAUCAGGGCAUCAGUAUCAGGACACUUUCCCAGGGCCCUAUGCAGUUCUCACCAAAGACACAAUGCCACAGACAUACAAAAGAAAAAGGUCCUGGUCCAGAGCUGUGUUCUCCAAUCUACAGAGGAAGGGUCUUGAGAAACGAUUUGAAAUUCAGAAGUACGUCACGAAACCAGACAGAAAACAGCUUGCUGCGAUGCUGGGCCUUACGGAUGCUCAGGUCAAAGUGUGGUUUCAGAACCGCCGAAUGAAAUGGAGACAUUCCAAGGAGGCCCAAGCCCAAAAGGACAAAGAGAAGGAACAGUCAGAUAAAGCCGAGGCCGAGUCCGAGCAGAAAGCGCGCGACGAGUCCGAGUGCGAUACCGAGCAAAGCGAUUCCGACUUCGACGAAGAAGCAGAACAGAAAAGAGAUACGAACAUUUCUGAAUCCAGCAAACAUAGCGUUAUCAUCGCCGGGCCUCUUCCUGUAGGCACAGACAUCAUGUCGUCAACAAACACCGUGACAGAGUCAACAGCAUCCUCACAAAUUCCGUUUUGAACUUUGUUGGAAAAUCACCACUUGUGAAUCAUAAACACCACUAAGAUCCAUGUCAGAACCCAAGAAGCGGUUUAAAGGAGAGAACGCAGUUCAGCCAGUAAUACGGGCCUGAUUAGGUCGUGCCUGAGACACAUCGUCGUGAAAAGUAAAUAUAUCCGGUGAUGUCACUGACUUGUUCCUAUAUAAGGGGAAAUUUCAAUUUUGUGAAUUUGAUCAUUGUGAAUAUUCAUCUGAACCACUUCUUGUUCACCUUAUGACCUCUGGGAAUUUAACUCAAUGGAAAUGUUAUCUUAAAGUUCAUGAAUCUGACUGUAUUAUAUUUUGUUAGUAGGUAUUUGCACUGAAGAUGUAAAUAAAAGUUUAGCUUUUUUCUUACUUGAUACCUGUUUUGAAGUAGUUGAUGUUCAUCCAAUACCAAUACUAUUAUAUAAACUUCAGCAUUAUUAUUAUUAUUAUUAUUAUUAUUAUUAUUAUUAUUAUCUUUGCCAAACAUUUGUUAAAAAAUCAAUGUCACACAGAAUUUUUGCUAUGUUGUUAAAGAAAGUAGGAUAUUCAGUUAUACAUCAUUCAGAUGAAUCCAGAUGAAGGCUGUUUGGUUUUACCUGCAGAAACAGAAGCAAGAGAAACAGGCAAUAUCACCAAAAGAGCUCUGAGAUGCUUUGAAAGAGCUGAUUUGCUUAUAAAAAUGCUUGGCAGUGUACCUUUUAGAGAAUUUUUAGAAUGCAGUUUUAAAAGGCAAAGGGAGGUCACAGCAAAUAUGGAUUUGAUUUUGUUUUUAUUUGAUAUAUAGACAUUUACAUUCUGUUAUUCUGAAAGCAUCUUUGCUUCACAGAUUUUCCUUACGUAUGAUCUAAUAUAUACAUAUAUAAGGUCAUAAGUGCAUGAUAAGAUGAAAAGCGGGUAUUGUAUUUUUUUGGCCCCGAAGACCCUUUUGCUCUGAGAAAUGUUAGUUGGGAAAAUUUGGCAUCUAACAAUAAACAGAGAGUGACGAGCUAAGA